GGAGUAUUAUUGCAGUGUGUCGAUUUUAACUUGUCACGCGAAAAACGCAGUAGGCAAUUUACGUACAUUAAUACACCCUUUUCUAUUUUUUGGAAAUAUAAUAGCCGGAUUCUGUGAUUUCUAGAAUAAAUCGGUGUUUAUUAUGCGUCCCACCUGGCGCGCCGUGUCCCUGGCGCCUAGUCAGGACCAUCGCGACCGGCCGGGUCUGACCUCGGCUCGGUUGGGCUGCUGCCCUGCAUCGUCGGUCCGCUAUGUCGGCGGCCGCUCACAUGUAACGCUACCCCUCAAUAUGGCGAUGGCAUUGGGGGAGAGGACGGCGUUGGCCGUGUGGCGGAGCGCAGCGGCGGCCGGGGGGGGAGGGGACGGCCGAGAUGCCUUUGCGGACCGACUAGGAAGCGGCGGCUCGGCGCACCUGUCAUGCGGAAAUGCACGACCCAAAAGCGGGAUCAGCGAGCACUCGCGGCUCUUCUGCGUGUCUUUAAACUUAAAAAACAUCUGCGACAAAACAGUUGCCUUUUCCCUUUAAUUAAGUAACCCAACUGCCAAAUAUUUUAAUUCGUCUUACCUAUGAAUAGUUUGCGUUGUUCUGAAUAUAGAUUAUAGGUUUGCAUAGUUUGGAAUAAACGACAGUAGGUCUACAUGAAACUUUUCCCUGUCUGCAGGGUGUGUUGUGGAAACGCGUCCAGAUCUCCAGUGCUGGGAGUCUGAUCUGACUAUCUGGCAGGCAUGUCCCCGUCAGUGCGGCUGCAGGAGAUGAUCCGCGUGAUCCGAAGUGCUCGGACCCAGUGCGAAGAGCGCGGAGUCAUCCAGAAAGAGUGUGCAGCCAUCAGGGCGCAGUUCCGGCAGGCGGACAAUGGGGGACGCUCCCACAAUUUGGCCAAGCUGCUUUAUGUGCACAUGCUGGGCUACCCCGCCCACUUUGGACAGAUGGAGUGUGUGCGACUGAUCGCCAGCCCUAGGUACAGCGAGAAGCGGGUGGGCUACCUGGGAGCCAUGAUGCUGCUGGAUGAGAAGCAGGACGCUAGCCUGCUCAUCACCAACUCCAUCAAGAAUGACCUGUCCCACAGCAGCCCGUACGUCCAGUCCCUGGCCCUCUGCACGCUGGCCUGCAUGGGCUCUGCUGAGAUGUGCCGUGACCUGGCUCCGGAGAUCGACCGGCUUCUCAAGACAGCCAACGCCUAUAUCAAAAAAAAGGCGGCGCUGUGUGCCGUCCACAUCGUGAGGAAAGUCCCUGAGCUGGCAGAACUCUUCAAUACUGCUGCUCGGUCUCUGCUAACUGAGAAGAACCACGGUGUUCUCCAUGGAGCUGUCGUUCUCAUCACAGAGCUGUGUGAACGAAACCCCAGCGCGCUCCCUCACUUCCGCAAGAUAGUGCCCGAUCUGGUCCACAUAAUGAAGGGCCUGGUGAUGUCUGGUUACUCGCCGGAGCACAACGUGGCUGGGAUCAGUGACCCUUUUCUUCAGGUGCGUAUCCUGCGGCUGCUGAGGAUUCUCGGCCGUAACGACGACGAGGCGAGCGACGCCAUGAAUGACCUGCUGGCCCAGGUGGCGACAAACACAGACAGCAGUAAGACUGCAGGCAGCGCUGUGCUGUACGAGACUGUCCUCACCAUCAUGGACAUCAACUCCGAGUGUGGCCUGCGGAUUCUGGCUGUGAACAUUCUGGGGCGAUUCCUCCUGAGCAACGACAGGAACAUACGCUACGUGUCCAUGAUGUCGCUGCAGAAGAUCGUACAGACGGACCACAAUGCCGUUCAAAGGCACAGGGGGACCAUCGUGGACUGUCUGAAGGAUCAGGACGCGUCCGUGAAACGGCGGGCUCUGGAGCUGUCCUUGGCUCUGGUCUCGGCCGCCAACAUCCGCUCGUUGAUGAAGGAGUUGCUCCUCUUCCUCUCUUGCUGCCCCCCCGAGCUGCGGGCGCAGACGGCCUCGGGGAUCUUCAGCGCCGCCGAGAGGUUUGCCCCUUCUCAGCGCUGGCACAUCGACACCGCCUUGCAUGUCCUCACGACGGCAGGGGGCGACGUGAGGGAUGAAAUGGUGCCCAGUUUGAUCCAGCUCAUCACCACAGCAACGGAGCUCCACUGCUAUACCGUGCACAAACUGUACCGUGCGCUUGUGGCAGACAUUUCACAGCAAUCUCUGGUGCAGGUGGCUUGCUGGUGUAUCGGGGAGUACGGCGACCUGUUGCUGCGGGGAGAGUGCGAGGAGACGGAGCCCGUGCAGGUGACAGAGGACGACGUUCUGGAUGCGCUGGAGACCGUCCUGCAGUCUCACAUGUCGUCCCCGGCGACCAGGGGCUUCGCGCUCACGGCCACCAUGAAGCUCAGCACACGCAUCUCACGCAAUGUGGACCGCAUCAGAAGCAUCGUUAGCAUUUAUGGAAGCUGCAUUGACGUGGAGCUCCAGCAGAGGGCAGUAGAAUACAACGCACUCUUCAAAAAAUAUGACCACAUGAGGGCUGCGGUGCUGGAGCGGAUGCCGGUGAUUGACAGGAGCUCCCCAGGACAUGACAAUGGGGAGCCGGCGGUGAUCCAGGCGCCAGACAAAACCAAGAACAACCCAGUAGUAACUUUGACCCAAGAGCCAACAAAUCAGGCCCGUGACCUGUUGGACCUUCUAGGAGGUUCUGAUGAACCAGCGCAGCCUAGCACCGUGCAGCCUGCACCUGCCGCGCCCGUCCCUGAUUCCGGAAGUGCUGGGGGGGACUUGCUAGACCUACUGGGGGGAUUGGAUUCUAUACCAGACCCCAGUGUUACGGUAUACGAGCAGAACGGCGUGACUGUCAAACUGCGCUGUGAUAGGCAGACUGAUGUGGGCGUCACCGCCACGCUCGUCGCCUCCAACACCACGGACAGUGACAUCACACAGUUCACCUUGCAAGCCGCAGUGCCCAAGUGUGUUCAGUUACAGAUGAGGGCACCCAGUGGGGAUGUGCUUCCGGCUCGGGGAGCUGGUCAAGUGACCCAGACUGUCCACCUCAACAAUCCCAACAAGGUCAGUUUGCGGAUGCGGGUCCGGCUCUCGUACUGCAGUGGAGGCUCGACGUGCCAGGACACUGUGCAGGUGGACUCCUUCCCCGCCUCGGCGAGCCACUGACACACUGGCGUCCAGAAACCUGCCCAGCCGCUCGCAGCGUCACAGUAUUUCUGGUAGCUGUGUGGUCAAGCAGACUGUCGUGGGUCAACACAGACCUGGCGCAUUCAGAUUCCGACGUCCCUCCUGGGCUCCCGUCGGUCUGUUGCAAUCUCUGUCAGCCACCAACAUUAAUCUCACCUUGCAGAGUCAGACAUUAUGCUCUUGAUACUUUAUGUACGUUGUGUAAACUUACCAUAAACCUAGACUUCUUUCUCUCUUUCGGGGGCUGUGCACUGUGGCUGUUAGCGGGGGGUGUGACUGGCCCCAACUACUUUCAGGAAAACUCCAACAGAAGAACUGUAUCAGGGCUGAGAAUCGGUACCUCAUUCUCAGCCAGCAUGUUAGAUUAACCGAAACUGCACAAAUUCUUUCAGCUAACAGCUAGUGAAGGCUAAUUCUUUGAGUUCAGGGUGACCAAACAGUCCAGCCGACAAGACACGAAAUUCGCCCACCCCAGUCAUAGAAAGAAUUUUUUUGUACGAUCCUCUGAUCGUAUAAAAAGUCCCAUUGACUCAAACUUUUCGUCUUGCAUUUCUGCUUAUCCUGAUUUUUUCCCUGUACUUCCUGCUUGUAGUGCACGAGUGUCCCGUUUUCUUAUAUAGUACUUCCUGCUUGUAGUGCACCAGUGUCCCAUUUUCUUAUAUAGGGAGGGCCCAGCCUCUGCUGCAUAAUUUUAUAGCAGCAAGUGCCAAAAAACAGCACAGACAUAGAAAAAAAUACUAAUAUUCCAGCUUUUAUAUAAUCCAAAAAACUUAAAUUAAAAAAAAAUAGGUGGAAAAGGUCACUUUCCCUUCUUUAAUGUUAAAGAUCAUUGGUCAGUUGUUAGUCACAAAUUGAUGUUCAUGAUACUAACUUGAAUUACAUGAGGCCUCGCCACGUUAUUCUUGUGUGCUAUGUGUUUGGCCACCUAUUUGAAACCCUCAGCUGGCUUUGGCCUGUCUCCUCCCUUGGUCUUGUGUGUACUGGUCUGCCUGGGACUGUGGUAUUAAUGAAACCUGGGGUGGUUCUGUCUGUGGAUGAUGUGAAUGUGUGUUUUCCCCCCAAUUCCACCCAUUCUGUCCCAGUGUGUUAAUAUACUGAAAGGUCACGAGUGUAUGGGAAGCUAUUUUAAUUUUCUCGAGCUGUGCUCUCGAGUCUUUCAUACUAAUGUAUGUGUUUUCAAUAUACAGAGAGCCUUCCCUCUCACAGGGAAGCUGCAAUAUGAAAUGACGUGAUCAUGUGAAUCCUUGAUUGAAAAUAGUUUUUAAUCUGUUGACUAUUGGAAGGGAAAGCUAAUUUGGUUUGAACUUUUAUCCUUCUCUCGAGUCUUUUUUAUAUUGUGUUACCUGAAAAAUCUGUGUGUGUGGUGUAUAGAAUGCAGUCUCCACCUUAUUGACAAACUGAGGACGUAUUCUGGAAAGAUGUUAUACAUUUUUUCCAUGAAAUAUUCAGAAACACAGGGAAACAUAUUAGCAAUCAAAUGAAAUUAAUAAGGUGGUGCAAGGAAGGUUUGAAUUUUUUUAAUAAAAGGGUAAAUUAA